AUGUCUACUAUAACCAAAAACAACAAGGAUAUAUUUACGCUCUUCGACAAGAAGGGACAAGGUGCCAUUUCUAAAGAAUUAUUCGGUGAUUAUCUACGUGCUAUAGGAUACAAUCCAACAAAUCAACAAGUCAAUGAUAUCCUGAUUAAUGGUAACGCUAGUAGUAGUUUGACUUUGGAACAAAUUUCUGAACUUGUCCAGGCUAACCAAGCGGAAUUGGACGCUACUACUAAUGGUAAAGUGGAAGAUUUCAUUAAGGCUUUCCAAGUCUUUGAUAAGGAAAAUACUGGUAAAGUCUCUGUUGGUGAUAUAAGAUAUAUGUUGACUGGACUUGGGGAAAAAUUGACUGAUGAAGAAGUCGAUGAACUGUUGAAGGGGAUUGAGAUUGAUGGUGAUGGUCAAAUUGACUACAGAAAAUUCAUUGAAGAUGUUUUGAGACAAUGA